AUGGAUGAUGCUUAUUCUCAUUAAGCUUCAACUCCCACAGAUCGAGAUCGCAAAUCCAAAUUGGAAACCAUGAGGAAUGAGAACAUGAACUUUGUCGAGUAAUCCUAAUUAUCAUAAUCCCUAGCUCAAAUGACGUGAUAGUGGAGUACUACAAAAAUCAGUACCUAAUUUUAUUAUGGCUAAAGAUAAGCGAGUGGAUUGGAUCGUUAUUUUCUGGAAAUCGAAUCAUGGUUGGAUGAAGAUAAGACUCUCCACACCAACACACCCUUGGUUCUAGAGGCAGAUGAUGGCAUUGGCAAGAAAACGCUUUUAGUCAAAUGGAUGGAGUACCAUGCCCGGAAUAAAAAAGGAGUAACAAUAUAGUAAAUAAUAGCGAUAUCCCGAUUUCAUCAUUCCCCACUUUGCCACCUAAUCGGGCAAAAAUAGCAAUUAUUAUUAUGCCAUCUAUAGAAUCCUCAUUAAAUUGAGAGAAGCCCUCAAUAUAAAACAGAAGGUCGAAUUGCUCGAGGAGAAGCUCAGGAGAUUUUUCCAGUAUUGGCUAGAAAUUUGCAGCAGAUAAUUGGACUAACAAAUUAUCAAUGGAGCCCCAAUCAUUUAUGAUAAAGUAUAUAAACAUCCUCAUUCCCAAGGUCAUCCUAGUGUUUGAAGGCAUCGACAAUUUCAGAGAGCUAUUGGACAUGCAUCGUGAAGCCAAUGUUAAUUUUUGGUUGCCCAAAUACUUCCCCACCAAUAUCAAAGUCAUUGUAACUGCUGAGAGGUAAUCAGCCUCGAUGAAAUUGUUGAAGCCUGAUUGUCAAGUGAUACCCAUUGUAUCUGACAAAACAGUCAUGAAAUAGACAGUCAAUCACCAUUUGGGGAAACAUCUACUUAUUUAAGUAAUUUUAUAAACUAACUUACGAGAAUCCUUAGAAUCUCUUGGAUAUAUUCAUUCAAUUAAGUUACAAAGUGAGAAAUCAACCAGUUUUUGUCAGAGCCUACUUUUCAGUCUUCAUUCCAUAUCCCUCAGAAGGAGUUGUGGAAGAAAAUGAAAUUGAUUAAAGAAUUGUUGAACAAAUACUGUAACCGCUCAAUUUGAACCACUUCAAAUCCAUGAAAGUAGUGGAGGAUCUAUUUGCAUUCCAAUUGGAUUACUUUUCGAAAGCUAACAUCAUGGAAAUUGCUAAAUUCAGAAGAGUUCUCUUAGUCUUGUCUCUUACUCAAAAAGGAUUGACAUACCCAGAAAUUGAGAGUGUGUGUAACAUCACAAUCAAAGAAUGGAAACUGUUUCUAGUCUUCUUCAAAGUGUACAUUAUGAAACAUAAAGACUUGUGGAUUAUUCACAAUGAAAUCUUUAAAAAAGUAGUCAUUAAUACUUACUACGUUGACAUCAAGGAAAUCUUAGAAUUGCAUGAUAAUAUAGCCACAACUAUUGACAAGAUUACUCCCAAUUCCAUCAGAAAAUUGGAAGAAUAGACUUUCCAAUUAUUUAGUGCCAAGAAUUACUUCUCUUUAAAAGAAGUCAUAAGCAUCAUUGAGAACUUUUUGCUUCUUUUUAACCCUUCAAACAAAUAUGAUCUCUGUAGAUAUUGGUAAUCCCUCGAGGAGAAUGGAUUCGAUCCUGUUUUAGAAUACAAUAAGGCAGUUGAAGGUUUCCAAAUUCAUUAUCAUCCGUCAUCAGAAGAUAUGUUCAGGAUCAUCAUAUAGAUUUCAAGGUUUCUCAAAGAAUUUGGGGAUUUUGAAACUAAAAACACUCCAGUUUUUAGGCAUCCCCCAAUCAUAGGAGUAUUGAGUGACUUAUACGAUAUUGGAUUAUUGUAAGAAAUACUCAAGUUGGAUCUUUAUUAUGACAAAGCACCCGAAUUGAAGGAGUUUGAUCCAGCCAAACAUUUAAAGCGUGUUGCUAAACCGAAAACCGCUCCUGUGCUUUCCAACAUGGAAUCACUCAAUGUUGAAAUACAAUAGAAUAGAUAAUUGAUCAGAACACACUACCUAUCAUUGCUAUCAAGACCUAUCGAAUAAACAGAAAAUGAGGAAGAUCAGCCUUAGAGUUUGGAUGAAUUGGCUGAGGAGAUUAAUAACAGAUUAAGGAAGGUCCUUUAAUAAAAGGAAGAGAAUCUUUCCCAAGAUGUAAUGUAAACAAGCGAGCGAGAAUCUACCGAUUACUAUUAUAAGAGGUGGAUUUGGAUACAAUUUCCAUGGGCUUGUACGAGUAUUGAUAAGAAUUGCGAUUACUCUACCGUUAUCAAAUAGUGUUUCUCCUCAGCGACAGAUUACAUGAGUGUUGAGGAUGAGAAUGCAUUCACAGAGUCAGCCCUCAAAAUAGCACUUGAAGCCAAAAGAAAACGAAAGGAGAUGUACGAAUAAAAGUAGGAACAAGAAACUCGUUUGCAACUCAUUCCCCAGGUUCCAGUGUUAUAAUAAAAGGAAUAGGAGGAAAUCCUGAAAAAACAACAAAGAGAAUAGAUAGAAUUUAGUACUAUUUCAAGUUCAAGAUACAAUAGAUCAUCUGCUGUUACCUUGCCUCCAGUAUCUAAAAGGAGUGCCGUGAUUACGUAGGAGGAUGUACCCAAUGAUAAUCACAGGAACAAUUUGAUGUUCAUCACUUCAGAUUUCACAGAUUCAAAUUAUCUUAAUGAGGAAUCAAAAACAAUUAAGUUAAAUUAAACUUCAGCACCCAAUGAUGGUUAACAAACUAUGUAAAUACUUGAUUAGUUGAAGAAAUAAAAAACUAAAAUGAGGUAGUUUUCUUCCAACUCUUUGUCUCAUGAGGUCUACAAAAUAACUGAAAUAUUUCCCAUUGUCAAGUGCAAUAUCCAACAGCAUUCAACAGCAUAAUUAAAUCUGCUUCAGAAUCAGGCAAAGAUCAUGAGAUAAAAAUUGAAUUAAAUCAUCUAUGACAAUUUAUAGCUGGCUCAAACCUAUAAGAUGUUAAAGAUCAUGGAUUUCAAUAAGGGAUAUUUAAAAAAAGAACUGAAUAAUUUAGAAGGCUUGAAAUAAUAACAGCAGAAUCUUAAAUUGUAAUUAGAACAAGCAGAAAAGUAGUUGAAGAAAUCUUGUAAGACUAAAAUACGAAUUAAAAAGAUACUGAAGGUUUGCAGAGACAACAAGCAACAAAAUGAAGAAUACAUCAGACAUUUGAAUUAUUUAACACGAAACUUUGCUAAAUUGAUUAAAUUUGAAGAGUUAGAAAUUAAAAAGAGUCAAGAAAAUAUCCAAUAAGCUAAAAGACAAUUUGAUGAAUUUUUAAGGGUUUAUCGAUAGAAGAGAGAACAUCAAUCAACACUUUUGCUUCAAAUAAAAAAUAGUUUAUAUGAAAAACAGCAUUUAGAUAAAAUAUUUUAAGUGAGUGAUUUGGAGAUUACCCAAAAGGCUAAUGCUUCUAUUGAAAAAUUGAGGAAACGAUUAAACAAAAAGGAUGAUGAUACCAAAAAUAAAAAAAACAAAGAGGCUCAAGAAAAGGAAGACAAAUUGCAAAGGGAAAAACUAAUAAACUUAGAAUAGUUGUAUGAAAAGAUCAAAGGAGUAUUUGACAUCAAAAACAGCGACUAUAAUCUGAAAAAGGAGUUUAUUGAUUUUAUGGCAUAGAAGGAAAGGAAAAGUGAAUAUGAAAUUUAAUUGUCAACCAGUAGAUAAUAAUUAAGUGAGGUGUUGGAAAUAAAUAGGAAAUUGAAUGAAUAGGCUAAGACAUAUCAGAAUGCCUAUAUAUCUCUUAACGUGAAUUAAAAGGAAACAAAACCAGAUGGUAUCCUUUUAUAAUCUUAUUAAACUUAGAUUAAUCUGAAGAAAAAAAAUAAGUUACCAAUAUUUAGUUGCAAGAAUUGUAACUUAAAAAGCUUAUGGUUUUGGAUGCUCGAUUGUAAAGUUCAUUAGAUUUAAUCGCAAAGAAGUGUGGAGUGCAGGAACAGGACGUAUAUUAUAUAGAUGUAAUUCAUAGAUUUCUACGAUUUUGAAUGAGAGAAGACAACUUAUAAUCAAAAAUUAAGGACAAAAGGAUUAUCAAUAAAUUUUAUAAGAGACUUAUGAUACUAAAUAACUGUUAAAACAAUAGGCUCCUUUUUAUUUUCCUAAAAGAUACAUCGUAAAUAACACCAACAAUGUUGAUAAAUGA